AUGAGGGUGUCUGCGUGCAGCCAGGGAAUGAAAGCAGAGUUGCUGUUCCCGGGCAGAGCGAGGGGGAAAAACGGUCGUCAGUCGUUAGUGAACAGGGGAACAAAGGCCCGGAGCCGGGCUGGCGGCCCGCUUCUCUGUGUGGAGCCUCGGCCGGUCCCGGAAGAACCGCCCUGGAGCAGGGCUCCUUCCGGUUGUGCUUUCCAGGACCCGCGGCCGGAUGUGGAGGGGCGCAGGAGGCGUCCGUGGCAGCCCGGGCCUGACAUGAGUCUAGACUCCUUGUUUCAGCACAUCAUCUUCUCGGAGCAUCAGGCGGAGGAGAGUCGCCGCUUGAUCCGAGAAGUAAGGUCGGAAAUUAACAGAUGUCGCCAAGAAAUUAAGAAAGCAACGGAGAUGCUGAAUGAAGAGAAAAUCAAGUUGGAAUCAAAGGUUCAGCAGUUUUCUGAAAGAAACUUCCUCUUACAGCUUUGGAAAAUUCAUGAAAAUGCCUUGGAAAGACAGUGUAGUGAAAUUACAAACCAGAGAAAUACGCUUCUCCAAACCUUUGAGGCUACAAAGAAAAAAAUGAUAGAGGAGGAGGAAAAAUUUAUUAAGGAAAUUACAGACUUCAAUAAUGAGUAUGAAGUAGCAAAGAAAAGACAGAUUUUGAUAAAAGGAAAUGUCCAGAUUGAAAUAUCUGACUUAGAAAACCAGGCAAACAUUUUGAAAAGGGAACUGGAGUCACUGGAACAGAAUAGUGGUCAGUUAAAUGAACUUCAAAAACAAAAGAGUGAAUUAAUACAAGAAUUAUUUACUCUGCAGAGAAAACUGAAAGUUUUUGAAGAUAAAAAGAAUGAAGCUAUUUGUACUACCAAAUACCUAGAGGCAGAAAAAGUAAAAAUCACUGAAAAGCCUCAAAAUGAUGCUGAAUGCUUAAGACUUAAGAAAGAAUUGGAACUUUAUAAGGAAGAUGACAUGCAAAGUGCUUAUGAAGCUCUCCAAACAGAAGUAGAAUUUCUGGAGUUGGCAUUGGCACAGAAAGACCUUCAGGAAAACAAAUAACUUGUGAAGAAUUGACCAAAGCUAUCCAAGGGUAACGCCUGUUGUAAGAACAUCCUUACUUUGAUGGGAGGAAGAGAAAGGAAGCAUUACAAAGAAUGACUGAUGGUAAAAUGCUCUCCUUGCUGCUGCUAUGAAGAGUAUCAAGAGCAAAGCUGUCAGAACUGAAAGCUUAUUUAAACAACUGCUUUUGAUACAUAGCGCAUUUAUCUUUAAAAGACCUUUCUGAAAUUGACAGCACCAGAAUUCAGAUGUCUGGGAAAAUAAAGAAUGCAGAGAGCAGCUAACCGGGUACCUAGGAUGUUUAAACUGCCUCUUCUCCAAUGGCAGCUACUCCUCUGUCCUUCCCAGCCAGUGGAGAUAAUUGGAAGAAGAAUAUUCAUUCCUUUCAGAUACUGCAUAAAUGUUUCUCUCUCUGCCACGUGUCUCCUUGCACCAUCAGGCAGGUUGAGCGUGCCCUCUGUGCCUUCCUGGACCUUUACUAAAUGUGCAUCAUGGUACUAUCCAGCAGCCAUGUAAUUAUUAGUCUCCUCUGGAUUGUGAACUAUUUGACGGCAAGAAUUUUCAUUCAUCUCUGCAUUUUGAAUUCAUAUCAAAGUGCCUUGCGCAUUGCAGGUACCAGUAGAUGUGGAAGACUUCAUGCAUAUGAUUAACUUCCACUUUACAUACUUAGUGGGUUGAUGAGGUUUUAUGAUUGGCCUGAAACCUGAUCAUCUUCGGUACUCUUGGUGAGAGGAGGAGAAUGCUAAGAUGUAAACAGCCUUCUCCUGAAACUAACUUUACACUGUAUGUCAACUAACUGGAAUUGAAAUACAAACUUGAAACAAAAUAAAUAAAUAGCCUACUUAAUAUUAA